GUAUGUGUGGCUAGCCAUUUCCCUACGUCGUGAAGCAACAAUAAGGCGUUAGCCAAGUGGGCCAGUGAACUUUUAGGGAGACUCUGUGUAUGGAGUCCGGAUGGCCUCGCCGAAGUUCGCCGACACCACUAAGUCCUUCUGUAUCGAGGCUUUAUUAGCACGGGACGAUCCUGUUAAACCUCCUGUUUCCAGUCCGAACCUGUACCGGCGAUCUGAGUUGCAGCAGGGGUCGCAGGUGGGUCUGUCAAGUACUAGCAGUGUCUGCAGCAACUCAAUUACUCUCUGUCCUUCUAACAGUCCUAUAAGUCAGCCAUCUCGGGCCAAUAUCAUGAACCUUGCUUCCCUAGCUCUGCCCCUGACAGGGACCUAUACGAACAGUCAUAUGGCCGUUCCCAUCUUCUCUCCGCACCCCCUCUACGCUUAUAGCGGCCACGGUUCACUCGGCGUACAUCCUGCCUCCAUGCCCGUCCUAGGCGGCAGCGCCUUUCACCCACCAUCCGCUGCAGUCACUGCUGAACAGUCACUGACCGGACUGAAGUCUGGACCAUUGCCGGUGGAGUGGUUUGCUCGGGCCGGCGUUUUCUACCACAGGCCCGGAGAUAUCACAGGUCCUUCGGCUGCUGUCUUGGGAAAAACCCGACGACCUAGAACGGCUUUCACCAGUCAACAACUUUUGGAAUUAGAAAAUCAGUUUCGAAUGAACAAGUACCUGUCAAGACCAAAGCGGUUCGAGGUGGCGACUAACCUGAUGUUAACAGAAACUCAAGUAAGUUAG